UUGAUCUUUUCAUGCUGCAACCUAGCGGCUGGGGGCGGAAUGUCUAUGCUUCGUAUUUUUACCAAAUAGUUUGGUAUAGUUAGGAAUCACACUACCAAAGCGCUAGUGCCAAAGAAGAUUUUGAUGGUCAUAUUUAUCCUGUGUCGUUAGACUCGUUACACUGAUGUCUGUUUUUUGGUAAGCGGAACGAAAAGUAAACAUGAAAAAUGGCCGAUCAUUUAAGUUCAUUCCCGCUACAAGAGUGUGUUUAUCGUAACGACUUACGUCAAUUGUCUUCUUUGUUACGAACUUCAGAUAUUAACCAAAAGGAUAAACAUGGUAAUACAGCUCUUCAUUUGGCUGUUAUGCUGGGCCACAAAGAAUGUAUACAUUUAUUACUAGCACACAAUGCUCAGGUCAAGGUUAAAAAUGGGCUUGGUUGGAACCCACUUGCUGAAGCAAUCAGCUAUGGUGAUCGUCAAACAAUUUUGCUGUUACUGAGGAAACUAAAACAGCAGAGUAAAGAACAGCUGGAAGAAAGGAGACCAAAACUGAUACAGGCAUUGAAGCAAAUGGGAGACUUCUAUUUGCAACUGAAAUGGGAUUUCCAAAGCUGGGUGCCAUUAGUAUCCCGUAUUCUUCCUUCUGAUAUUUGUCGGAUCCAUAAAAAAGGGUCAAAAAUACGGGUUGAUACCACUCUAGUCGAUUUUACUGACAUGCACUGGGAACGUGGUGAUAUUAGUAUUGUUUUUAACGGAGACGCCGAACGACAGCAAUCCCUUUUUAUAUUAGAUAAUAAACAGAAAGUCUUUCAGCAAAUUCGGUAUCAGGAGUCGGAAAGUGAGAUAGAAGACGAAGUGGAUAUCCUGAUGAGUAACGACAUAGUAGCCGUUCAGAUGUCCACCCGUUUUAUCACCUUCAACCGGGCCCAAACGGGUUUCUUUUUUCGGGCAGAUAAAACAGAAAUGGUGGGCCCCUAUCAUGCAGAAUUUUUUUCUAUCGGUGGCUUGGUUUUCGAGUCACGCAAAAGAAGGGAACACUUGACCCAAGAAGACCUGAAAAAGAAUAAGGCCUUAAUGGAAACACUUACCAAAGGUUCUAGUUCGAGUCUGACUGAAACUAGUAACAGCGAACCCAUUCGGAGAGGAUCUUUACCGCCUCCGGUUAAAAACAGUCUCAGUUGGAAUGAUUACAUUAACAGCAGUCAUCAACCACAUUUAGGAAGACUACUUGCGUGCAAGGAUGUGUCUAAAACGUUCCGAGCUACCGUUGCCAUGUGCCAAGAUUUUCCCUUAUCGAGGCGAUGCUUGUUAGAUGUUUUGGAAGUUGUAGCUCCUGUCAAGCAUUUUAGUAAACUUCGUGAAUUUGUAGAAAUGAAGUUACCGCCCGGUUUUCCAGUAAAAGUUGACAUUCCUAUUUUACCGACCAUAACGACAAGAGUUAGUUUCCAAGACUUCGAAUUUCGCGACAGCCUCUCGGAUAUGUUGUUUCAGAUACCUAAGGAUUAUACCGAAAAUCCCGGCAGAUUUCCUGAUUUGUGACCAAUGGAAUGGAGCCUCCUUCUCAAUUCUGAGCUGAAGGAAGUUGAGCCCUGCUGCUCCAAUCUUAACACUAUUUUAUCCUCUAGUCAUAGCCAGUAUUCACAGCGCGAUGUAAGCGUACCACCAAAUCAUGUAAGUGUUGAUAAACUAAAUCAUCAAGCUAAUAGGAUUGAUGGAUGCUACCAUUUGGAACUGCUCUGUCAACAACUGCUCACCAGUCCCUACUCUUCCCAAUGUACCAUUCAUUUCCCUGUCCUCAUCAAUUCCACCCAGCCAAGUCCAAAUACAGAAUUAUCAGAGCCAUAAUUAUAUAUUGUAACACAUAUUAUACAUAGGCAAAACUUUAUGGAUGUGUUUUGUUUCAAGGGUUGGGUUUUUGAAAUUCCUAAGGGCUGCUCCGCAAAAUCUUGUCAAGUUCUGUAACUCUGUUGCACUGCCCAAGUGUUCCGACUGUUCACUUCAAAUUUUCAGAUAUUAAAAAUCAACUGUUAUUUUAGCCUAUUGAUUUUGCAGUUGUAACAAAGAAAAUGUGAUCUGCAUGUCAGAUGUCACAUGCACGAAGAACAAAACAAUACAGUUGUCCCGUGUGUCAGUACGAUGUCCGUUUUGUUGGCUAGGAGCCAAAGAAUAUGCGUAUCCCAGAGUAGUAUAUGCAAUUAUGCAUAGAGCUCAUGUUUGGUGAUUGUCUCACGUAACGGUGAAGAAUUCCAUGCCUGUUGGGCUUCUAUUUAUAAAUCUAUGACAGUCAACUUACCCUAAGGUCUGUGGGUAUGAUGGACAUAAUUCGAGUUGAAUCUUCCCUUCUUGUUUGUAGGUGAUCAAGGCAUGUAAUGUGUCCAGCAAUUCUUACAGAGUUACGUUGCCUGCAUGAUCUUGGUAUUAAGGUGUAAAUUUAAGUUUUAUUAUUACCGCUGCAGUCGUUUUUAUGGCGUUAGUUAAUCAGUUGACAGAAACUGUAUGAAGCAAGGACAAAGGAAUAUAGUGUACAUAGCACUUGGCGUAAUCAUCACGUCAAAUCGCAUGAUGGCGGAUAGCGAUUCUUGACUGUUCAAUUAGCAAGAACUUUUUACACACAUGGAUUACAUCCAAAACAAUUUACUGUAGCGGUAGGCGUUGAUAAAAAAACAAAAGAAAGACACUGAAAGCCAAUUAUUAUGGAAAGGUUUAAGUCAUGUAUUGGGAAUGAUCGAUUUUAAACAUCAACAUUUUUCGGUAUAAAAUCAAGUUCAUUUCAAAGUCAAAUAAGAACGGCGAUGCCCUUCGACAUCCUUUGUGGUAACUCUCAGGAUGAAAUUUAAAUAGAGCGGCCUGGAUUUUUUGUUGCGAGCAUCACCGUGAAAGAGCGUAACCAGUCUCCUCAUUUCUUCUUGCCAUCUUUUUUUACGUCCUCCUUCUUUUCGACUUUCUUUUCCUCCGUUCCUUUCUAAAAGGUUUUCAAAAGAUAAGUAACAUCGCACGUUAUUAAAUAGGAAAAACUUGCUAAUUUGUCAGUUUACUUACCGCUUCGGCUUUAGGUUUGCUAUCUCCUUUCUUUGGCAUUUUGAAUCAAAUGGAAAUCUGUUGAGAGACGAAGUAAGAUUUGAGAUUGUGCUAGGAACUGCGCGUUUGACAGACCCAGGGAAAGGGGUCCUUAUAUAGUAGAUUUUUCCCCGGCUUACCAUUGGUUCACGCGGUUCUCACCGGGUUAUUGUUUAGUCACGUGACAAAAUGUUCCUUAGAAUGUUCUAGAACAUUCUUUAUAGAAAGGACGCUCAACACUGAACACCGACGAACUAGUCUUCUAUUACAACGCUUUUUGCUUGAUUUUCAUUUGAUUGACUUGCUUUGCUUCCUGAAGAUUGCUAUAACAUGUAGAAAAUUGAAUACGUUGUAGUUCCCACGUCUUAUUGAGAAUAGAUCGGGUAGGCUGAAUUAGAUACUCAAAAAUUGCGUUACAAAGCAAUGGCACAUAAAAAAUUUGCAAACUUGUUAUUACCAGUUUUUGGGCGUUUCGUUUUUGUUUUGUUUUUUCAUAUCUUAUGGCCAGGGGGAACGGAGUGGAUGUUCCCUUAACAUCCAUAGCUUUAUGCAAUUUUGCUAUCAAAAAUAAGUUUCACAACGAAAGGUUUUCUGAUUUUCUUACGUGACUAUCGGCUUCUACUAAGUGCGCAAUGCUGACAUGAAAAAUCGAUAGAUCAAAGUUCGCUUAACUGUUUGCAUUCCCGUCCAGUUCUAGAAAAUGUCAAACAAUUUCUUUUUCUCAAACAAAAACCACCAAAACCAGGAAGGCAUAAAAUACAAUGAAUGUUUAAAGUCGAAAUCAAUACCAAACGCAUUGUUACGAUCGGCAGAAAAAUUGUCAGAUGCGCAAAUCAAGUGGUCUAUAACCACUGAAAACAAAUCGUAAUUAGUAUACUGACACUGUAAUCAUCUAUAAUCAGAGGUUCACGAGUAAAAAACACGAUGAGGAUUGAAUUGAACGAUUUUUUUUUUGCGUUAUUUUUUUCCUCUUCUUUUUUUUUUUACAAUUGCAUCAAGAAGAAAACAAGAAGAGGACAUAUUACGAUGAGUCUUUCUUCUUGUGCAUUCGAAGCAUGAUAUGAUACAUAGUUGUUUGUUUUUAAAUAUUUUUGUUUUGUUUUUGUUUUGUUUUUGUUUUGUUUUAAAGAAGUUUGAUUACUCGUUGUUUCUUCACAAUAAGAUAUUCAAACAGCAACAACUUUCCGGGUGGCCUGCACUAACUACUUGUGGACUCGUGUGACGCAGUUACAUUUUCCGUGCGCUCGUUCUUUGGUUAAAAGCAAAAUGCUUUUGGCAACCGAUAACUUCUUCUUAGAAUGAAAAAUCAUUUGUUAAGUGAUAAAAUAGCAAAUAAUUUUCAAAUUUUCUCCACAAUUAAUAUUUUAGUAAGCCAGAUGCGCUUUGGGCUUGCAUUUUUUGGUUUUGUACUGUCUAUACCGCCUGCAUCUGAGCUACAGUGUGUCCACUGACAACCAGAUCAAUACGCAGCCUACAACUCAGAAUAGCAAAAGCCCUAGCGGGAAGCAUAUCCUUGGCAAUCCAGUUGAAACCAGAGUUUGCCGUCCCUCGUGCAGCUAUUUACAAACAAGAGGAACAAGAAACAUACACGCCGUAUUGCUUUCGACCUUUUUGGAUCUACGUAAUGUCGGGCAGCCCAUAACUUCGUCUCUGCAUACAGGGUUUAUACUAGAAAAUCAAUCAUUGGGAACGCAGAUGUUUGCGAAUUCGGGAAGUCUGAAUUCCAUGAUCAUGUGACUGGACUCCUCCUUUCAACGGUGCAUGCUCGCGUAACAUAUCGAGCACGUCGUCUUCGCUACCCAGACUACAGUUUGUGUUGUGAAUCGGCUCCAGUUAAAUUGAAGAGAACUCAUUCGUUGCCAGACUGGACUGGAAUCUAGUAGCUUGCAUCUGUUCAGACGCACACAAUCUACCUAAUGCCUCCCAAGAAAGGCGGUGACAGUAAAGGUGGCAAAGGCGGAGAUAAAGGGGGAGAUAAGAAAGAUGGAAAAGGAGACAAGAAAGACGGAAAGGGAAAGAAGUAACCGAAAUCGAGAUGCUCUACCAUCUCUUUCUUCGGCAACUAUGAUAUCGACAUAACCGUUUUCUCAGUUUUUAUUGUGCUCCUUCCAUUUUGGAAACCCACACCUUAUGCUCCGUUCUUCACUUGGAUCUGCUUGGAUUCUUUGGCAACGACGCAAGCGAGAGGAGACCAUAAUUAGAACUUGGCAAGGUGUCUAAAUAGCGGCCGUGCUUGCUGGCCGUGCUGAGUAAUGCAUUUAUUUAAUCCAGAUCUUUUAAUGUCGCCAUUUAUAUUGCCCCCUCCUUGUCUGUUAUCAAAUGUUUAGACGUGUUUAGAGCCACAUCUGCGCUUGGUCACCGUUGAUACUACAUUUCUGUUACAUUGUUUGAUCGCUGUGAUUUAAUACAACCAGUCUGACCAUGUAA